AUGUCGUUCUCUAUCCGCCUACUGCUCAUCAGCAUUGUCCUUCUUUUUGCAACCCUCAUUUCUGCGCAGUCUUCAGGUGCGCCUCAGACUCCCCCGCCUACGAGUAGUACCCCGCCGCGGGGAAAUGGGACCACGACGAGACCGCCCGAAGUAGCGCCAACGGGAUCGUCGCCCCCCGAUGUGCUCCUACGCGUUCCUGAACUACACGUCGGCAGAAUUGAGUUGAUUGUGGAAAAGCUGCAAGCAGAUCUCAACCUUAAUGCAAAGGUCGCUGGCCUCGUUCAGAUCAAUGCCGGUGUAAUGGUUGCAGUAGAAAAGGUCAACAUCACCAUUGCUGAUGUGGAUGUUGACCUUGAGUUGAUUGUGCGUUUGGGCAAUUUGGUCCAGAUUGUUGAGCGCGUCUUCGACUCUUUGGACCUGAACCCUCUCCUAAUCAGCUUGAUUGGAAACGCCACCAACUUGGUUGGAGAAGUCAUUGGUGCUGUCGACGGUCUUCUUGGAUCCAUUACGCAAAAUGGAAAGACGCUCAACUUUUUGGUCGACAAUCUCGGCAACAUUGUCCAAGAGGUCGUUGGAGCUGGUGGAGAUGCCCUCCAAUCCAUUGUCGGAAACUACAAGCUCAACAUGACUGAAGUCACUGGAAGUGCGAAGCAAAUUGGCCAAGGUCUUACUCAGAAGACGUACGAAUAUGGAGCGCUCGGUGCUCUUGUUAACAUUGUCACCAACACUGCUGGCCAAGUCGUCUCAGCAGUUGUCGACAAGAAGAACGGUGGUGGUAGCGGCUCCUCAACCACAGCUUCCGUUUCCGGCACCGGCACCCCAAUGCCAGUUACCUUGCCCAUCAGCUCGGCCACGAGUACAUCAUAGGCAUAAUGAGCCGCUAGUAGCAUAAUCUAAUGCAAUUAAUGUGGAGAUGCG